UGGAGAUGCACCCCGGAUUGUUUCCUCAGUCAGUCAGUCAGCAGUGAUCAUAUUCAGAAUCACAGCACAGGAGUUGAUCUUCAGUUCGCUCUGUGAUCUGUGCGCUUGUGUUGGAGAUGUUGGAUCAUCAGUGUGUGUCUCCGGUCAUCGAGGUCUUUAUUCCGUCUCUCAUGAGGGAAGUGGACGAGACGGGAAAGUUGCGCAAACUCUUCAGGUUGGAAAUUCUCUUCAAUGGAAGGAAACACUUUGUUUUGCGGAGACACAGUGAAUUUCAGAUGCUUCACCGGAAGCUGAAGAAGAUUCUGCGCGCUCCUGAUUUCCCCAGUAAGAGAAAUCAGCACCUGCGAACCAAACCGCUGGAGCAAAGACGGCAGGAACUGGAAGACUACAUCCAGGUAGAUAUAGUUAUU